UUAUAUAAAAACUUUAUAUUUUCAUAUGAAAAAUUAUUUUGAAAAUACUUUUCAUUGAGUUACAUGUAUGUUAUUAUAUAAUAAAUGCUUGUCGCUUAAUCUAAACUUACUUAAACGGCAAAUAUCUAAACAAAUAAAGAAGAUGGACAGUUUACGACAUUUUCAAACAUUUGCGUGGUGUAAACCGGAUUGGUGCUACCCAAGUAUGGGUAAAGAAACAAAUGAACUAUUAAGGCAAUGCACAGAUCUGCCUGCGGUCAAACUAUCAGAUGAUGUUGAGGAGAUUAUAAAGAAGAGCAAAGCAUUCCCAAUACCAUUUCCUAUUGAGACAGUCAGAUUAGAAAAAUUACAAGUACGGAGGUCUAUUGAGAAAUUGAAGAGAAAUAUAGUCUCUACUUACCCACUUAUACAUGAGAGAGUUUUGCUUCUUAUGACGCAUUUUCUUAUAUAUAAAAGAGAGUUUGGUACAAGUAUUGACAAAUUGCUAUACAAAGAAAUGACAGUGCCGGAGCUUAUUGAUAGAAUAUUGAAGAAACGAGCUAUCACGUUCAUGGGCAGACAUGAUACGUACAAACUUAUCACCGGAGAAGAAGGUCAUGGUGGUUGGGAAACAAUAGGAACGUUACAGCAAAAGCCACCGUUAGUGUUAGAGAAUUGUCUAAGCUAUGAUGAGAUGAAACUUGCCUCUAUGGUAUAUGUCAGUGGAUAUACAGAGUGCAUCAAUGAUGGUGAAAGAAAGAACUCCGGAGUUGUUCAAGAAGAGAAUGCAGAAGAAGAUGCUAUAAUUAUAGGUAAGUUAGUGUAAUCAGUGUCCGUGUGGA